AUGGCUCCAAGCUGGCUCAUAACAGGUUCGUCCUCGGGUUUCGGACUAGCAUUAGUUCGAUAUCUUCUAGCUCAGGGACACAGCGUGAUCGCAACCUCACGCAACCCUAGCAAAACUCCAGACCUUAUUGAAGAAGUCGCGUCCAAGCCGAACGGGGCAUGGCUAGCUUUAGAUGUCGUCGCAUCCAAAGCCGACAUAGACAAAGUCAUCUAUGAAGCCUGGGCCAAGUUCGACGGCAUCGACUUCUUGGUCAACAACGCCGGGUACAGCAUCCUCGGCGCGGCCGAAGAAAUCCCUGAACACCAGGCAAAAGACCAGUUCGAGGUGAACUUCUGGGGCGCGGUGCGAGCUACACAAUCCAUUCUUCCUCUUAUGCGGUCCCGAAGAUCGGGCACAAUCAUCAACAUCUCCAGCGUGGCCGGCGGCGAUCCAUUGCCAACGUGUGCGAUAUACGCAGCAAGUAAGGUCGCCUUAGAGGCCUGGACAGAAUCAUUAUCACACGAAGUUCGGCAUCUUGGGAUCCGCGGAAUAGUCAUCCAGCCCGGCGCGUUCCGCACCAACUUCUUCAGUAGCAGCGCAAUGCAGAUUGUCACACCAUCCCAGGCGUAUGCGGGUGAGAGCAGUCCCGUGGCGCAGACGCUGGGCAAAUUUGGGUCCAUUGAUGCUUCCAAUUUUUCGGACCCUAUCAAGGCUGCGGAGAGGAUCGUUGAGGUAGGAACGGAAACUGGGUUCGGCGAGGGAUUGAAAGUGCUGAGGGUGCCGCUGGGACCAGAUUGUUAUAGGAGAGUGUUUGAAAAUCACGGCAAACGGGAGGCUGAUUUGGAGGCGACCAAAUCGAUCGCGACGAGUACUUCGUAA